AAGUGAAGGAGGACCUGCAAAGCAAACGUGGCUGAUGGCGCACGUUAGCACACAACCUAACCGAUUGCAGCAAGCACCGCACCGAUCGCCCAAAAUCUAGACACACACACACAAUACACACACAAUACUUUUGAAGCACCACUAGUCCACAUUACACAUUAUUAUACACCUCAACAAACUCAAUUUCUCCAACACGAGAGUCGAGAUGUGGGUGUUUUAUCUGAUCUCGCUGCCUCUAACGCUAGGCAUGGUCAUCUUAACUCUCCGAUACUUCGCCGGUCCCGACGUCCCCAGAUACGUCUAUAUCACCGUUGGAUACACUUGGUUUUGCUCUAUUUCUAUCAUUAUUCUCGUCCCUGCCGACAUUUGGACGACAAUUCUUGGUCAUGAAAAUAGUGUCAUCUCUUUUUUCUGGAGCUGGUCCUAUUGGAGUACGUUCUUGCUUACUUGGCUCGUGGCCCCCCUUAUCCAGGGUUAUGAAGAUGCUGGAGACUUUACGGUGAUGGAAAGACUAAAGACUAGCAUACAUGUUAACUUAAUCUUUUACUUCAUUGUGGGAUCUAUUGGUCUUUUUGGACUUAUUCUUCUCUUUACUCUGCGCAAAAAAAGGACUGGAACUGUGUUAGGUCUAGCCAUGGGUUGUUCCAAUACUUUUGGACUUGUUACAGGUGCAUUUCUUCUUGGUUUUGCAUUGAGUGAAAUUCCAAAGAGCAUAUGGAGAAAUGCUGAUUGGACCACACGCCAGAAGGUCCUGUCUCAUAAAAUUGCCAAAAUGGCUGUGAAACUUGACAAUGCUCAUCAAGAUCUGUCCAAUGCCAUUGUAGUUGCCCAGGCUACUUCCAAGCAGAUGUCCAAGCGUGACCCUUUAAGACCCUACAUGAAUGUCAUCAAUAAUAUGUUGGUUCAAAUGUUCAGUGAAGAUCCAUUGUUCAAACCACAAGGUGGUCGUUUAGGGGAUAAUGACAUGGACUAUGAUACAGAUGAGAAAUCUAUGGCAACACUUAGACGCCAUUUAAGGGGAGCUCGAGAAGAGUACUACCGAUACAAAAGCGAAUAUAUGACAUAUGUAUUGGAGGCUCUUGAGCUCGAAGACACAAUAAAGAAUUACGAAAGGAGAACUGAAACUGGAUGGAAAUUUGUUUCAAGUCUUAGACCUGAGCGGACUGGCACAUUGGGAUCCUUCCUGGAUUCUGUAGAAUUGAUCUGGCGAUGUAUGAUGCGGAAGCAUUUGGAAAAACUGCUGGCUAUCAUUCUUGGUUGCAUGUCAGUGGCGAUUCUUUUAGCAGAGGCUACUCUCUUGCCUAGUGGACUUGAUUUGUCUCUUUUUUCAAUCCUUAUUAAUUCUGUUGGAAAGCAAGAGAUGCUUGUCCAGGUCUUUGCUUUUGUUCCUUUGAUGUACAUGUGCAUUUGCACUUACUAUUCAUUAUUCAAAGUUGGAAUGUUAAUGUUUUAUUCACUUACACCAAGACAAACAAGCUCAGUCAACCUGCUUAUGAUCUGCUCAAUGGUUGCUCGAUAUGCUCCACCAAUUUCUUAUAAUUUCCUCAACCUCAUUAGUCUUGGUAAAAAGAAGCAGACUAUUUUUGAGAAGAAAAUGGGGAAUAUUGACGACGCUGUACCUUUUUUUGGCGAAAAUUUCAACAAAAUUUAUCCACUAAUUAUGGUUGUAUAUACAGUGUUGGUAGCUAGCAAUUUCUUUGACCGGAUAAUAAGUUUUUUUGGCAACUGGAAGAUAUUUAAAUUUCAAACUGAAGCCGAUGAUCUAGAUGGAUUUGAUUCAUCAGGAUUACUAAUUCUGCAAAAAGAGCGGACAUGGAUUGAGCAAGGACGAAAAGUUGGUGAAGCUGUUAUUCCCUUGGCCAGGAAUUUCAAAGACCCUGGACUGGAUUUGGAGACAUCCAGCAAUGGCACAGAUAGAAAUAUUGUUGAAAUGAAAGCGACUUCCAGUUUACAUGAGAAUGAGUUGAAGGAAAGUUCAACAGCUUCCAGCGAGGCUCGUAGAUACAGUGGACAUAGAGAAGCCAUUAGCAGCAAGUAUGCUGCAAUAAGGGAACAAAAUAGAAAUAUAGACAACAUGAAUCCGGUGGAGGAUGCUGAAGCCUCGUUGUUGGAUGCAUCCAACUCACAAGCAACUAAAGAUGCAGGAGGCCCAUCUUCUAGCUUAGCAUCAAAGUGGGCAACAAUGAAGUCAGGUUUUCAAACUCUAAAGACAAAUAUAGGAGCCAAAAAGUUCCUGCCCUUGCGUCAAGUUGAGGAUCCCAAACCUAUCCCUCGUGUUUCCUCACCGGAAUCUCUAGAUGAUAUAUUUCAAAGACUGAAACGGCCUAAUGCCGAGGAAGAUAUAGAUAUAAUGGAUGUAUAGGUUUUCUGGAGAAGCUUAAUUUUCUGGUUAAUGUUGUAAAUCUGGCAAGCAGACUGCAACAUGUACAGGUCCGAAAGAAGAAUUUACAUCAAGGUCGUUCAGAUUUUCAGCAGUUCAGACCUGGGACAAACAUGUCCACUAUUGACAGGUAUCAUAUUAUUACCGACAAGCUCAUAGGAAUACAAAGUAAAAAUCAUAUUUUUGUUAAUUUUUCAUUAAGGUAAAGCAAAUUAUAGAAUAGCUAGUAGUUAGGUUUUUUACCCAGAUUGAUUGAUGACGUUAGACAGACUGUAACAUAAUGUUCAUAAUGUUGUUCUUCAGACUAUAUUUUUGUAUACAUUGAGGAUGCAACUAGAGUGUUGGACAUGCCAAAUGUUACUAUAUAUUUACAAACAUGUUUACUUUUAAAAGCUCAA